UUUACCUCUCUCCUGGGGUAUAUCUAGCCUGAGAAGGGAACUGACCAGCUCUGGCAGUCAAUAUGAGGCUUUUCCUCCCCAUCUGCUGCUUGCUGGCUGUACUGGCACUCACCACAGCAGAUGCAGUGGGUUCUGAGAAUGAGCCACUUGUACCUCUGCAGCUGAAGCCUGAAGGCGAGCUAUUUGCCUGCUGUGAUGGCACUGAGGAUAUUAGCCAAAGCUCUUCCAAUGACACACCUGCACCAGAGAGACCUGUCUGUCAACCCUGCAGCACUGGUGUACAUAUUGAUACCACUGCAGAUGCGGUCAGCUCUAGUGAAGAGGAAGAGGAAGAGGAAGAGGAGGUUGUUUCAGGAGAGAAAGCUGAAGAGUUGAUUGAAGACGAGACAUCUUAUGAAGAGAUAUCAGAGGAGGAGGCUCAGGAAGAGGAGGUAGAACUUGAGAAGGAAGAGACAUUUGAGGAAAUGAUGGAGGAAGUUCUAGAGGUGGCAGAUGAUGUGGGAGAGAUGUCAGAACCAGAGGCAGAGAUUGAGGUAGACAGUGAUGUAGAGGCACCUUUGGCUGUUGAGGAACCUGUGGAAGAGGAAGCAGCUGAGGAGGCAGAUGAAGUUUCCCAGGCUGAAGAAGAGGUUGAAGAUGUAGAGGACGUUUCCCAGUCUGAAGAGGAGGUUUCUCAGAACGAUGUGGAGGUAGAGGAGGUUUUCCAGACUGAAGAAGAGGGUGAGGAGGAAGAGGUUUCCCAGAGUGAAGAGAAAGUAGAGGAAGACAUGGAUGUUUCUCAGACUGAAGAGGAGAUCUCUCCACCUGAGGAGGUGGCAGAGGAGGUUUCUAAUGCCGAAGAGGAGACCGAAACUUUUCCUCAGGUUGAAGAGGACACAGGGCCAUUGGAGCAAGUGGAGGAGAGAUCAGAAGAGACUACAAUAAUGGAAGAGGAAGAGGCUUCCCCUGAAGAGGAGGAAGCUGUACCAGCAGAGGACGGAGCACCAAAGUUUACUGUAGUUGCAGAAGAACAGCCUGUCAUUGUGGAAGAAAGUGAGAGUGUCUCAGAGGAGCAACAUAAAUUCGUGGAAGAACCUGAAUCCUACAUAGAAGCUGAUAUGGUGGAAAUAGAAGAGGCUGUUGUAGCAGCUGCUGUGGAACUAGCAACAGAGGUUGUUGAGGAGGUUGUGGAAAUAGCCCAAGCGGUAACUGAGGAGGUUGCAGAACCUACUCCAGAACAAAUUGUGGUCCAAGAUGUUCCUACACCUUCUGAAAAAGUAACAGUAGAAGAGGUGCCAGCUGAUGAACCAGCACGCAAAGCAUCAGCUAAAGGUCCUGCCAUUAGAGAUCGGUCUCACGUUGAAGAAAUGCUGCGUCUGGCUAUAGCUGAAACUUCGCAGGAAUUUGUUGAUGCCCUGAAGAAGCUGCAGCAUAUCUACAACACAGCAAUUAAACCCCUGGAGAAUGCCUACAAAUAUAAUGAGCUCAGACAGCAUGAAGUGUCAGAUGCAGAGAUCACCUCUAAGCCAAUGGUACUAUUCCUGGGUCCCUGGAGCGUUGGCAAGUCUUCCAUGAUCAACUAUCUUCUGGAUCUCGAUGACACUUCUCAACAACUUUACACAGGAGCUGAGCCCACAACCUCAGAAUACACUGUACUAAUGCAUGGUGAGAAAGUUCGCACCAUUGAGGGCAUUGUCAUGGCAGCAGACAGUUCCCGCUCCUUCUCACCACUGGAGAAGUUUGGUCAAGGUUUCCUGGAAAAGCUGGUUGGAAUUGAGAUGCCACACAAACUCCUGGAGCGUGUCACCUUUGUGGACACACCUGGAAUCAUUGAGAACCGCAAGCAACAAGAGAGAGGCUACCCCUAUAGCGAAGUGUGCCAGUGGUUUAUAGACCGGGCUGACCUUAUCUUCCUUGUUUUUGACCCAACCAAACUGGAUGUAGGAUUAGAACUUGAAAUGCUAUUCAGACAGAUGAAGGGACAUGAGUCACAGAUCCGUAUCAUCCUCAACAAGGCUGACAGUCUGACAACCCAGAACCUAAUGCGUGUGUAUGGUGCCCUUUUCUGGAGCAUGGCCCCCCUGAUUAAUGUAACGGAGCCCCCACGUGUCUAUGUGAGCUCCUUCUGGCCACAAGACUAUGCUCCUGACACCAACAGAGAGCUUUUCAUGCGUGAGGAGAUCUCUCUGCUGGAGGACCUAAAUCAGGUAAUUGAGAACCGCUUGGAGAACAAGAUUGCCUUCAUCCGCCAGCAUGGCAUUCGCAUACGCAUCCACGCUCUCCUGGUUGACCGCUACCUGCAGACGUACUAUGACAAGCUGGGCUGGUUCAGUGACCCCGAUGAGGUGUUCCGUGAUAUUGUCGGUGAUCCUGACAAGUUCUACAUCUUUAAGUCUAUUCUGGCCAAGACCAAUGUGAGUAAGUUUGACUUGCCGGAACCGGAGGCAUACCGGGACUUCUUUGGAGUGAAUCCUCCUGGUGGGCUUAAGCUUCUCUCCUCACACUGCAGCUGGUCAGGUGGCUGCCUGCUGGAGAAGAUUGAGAAGGCCAUUACAGAGGACCUACCUGCUUUGCUCAGUAGCUUGGCAAAGAAGAAGGAAGCCAUAGUAGAGGCAGUUGCAGAGACCAAGGAGAAACCCAAAAACCGUUGGAGGAGACAGUGAAGGAGGGAGAGACUGAGAGAGGGAGAAUAAAAGAGAGGAGGGAGAGAUGGGAAGUAUGGAAAACUGUGAAGGUUUAAUCCCUACUGGAGGCACAAUCAAUUAGUCACUGGACUGGGCACCAAGCAAAGAAUGAAUGAAUGAAUGAAUGAAUGGAAUAAUGGAUUGAAUACUGGAUGGAUAAGAAUAACAGGUUAAGGAAAAAGCAAGAGAGAGGAUAUACUGAGAGCAUAGGAGAUCAAAUGAAAUAAAUAUGGUGUAAUAUUAUGACACACAGAAAUGCAAGGUCAGUUAAACAUAGGAAGUACUGUAUAUUUUACCACUCAAUAUAAUAGACUUGAAUGAAGGGAAUCAGUCUCUCUUUUUUUCCCUUCCUUGUUCUAAUUUAACUCAGUUAGCAAAACAAUUAUUUUACAUUUUUAUUUUUCAUGUGCGGAACAAUACCAUGUCAUUAAUCGCAUUUUUCAUUGGAAUGUCGUUGUAAAAGUAAUCAACAUCUGUUGUAGAAAGCUUAACUUCAUUACUUUAUGCUUUCUCUAUUACUUCAACACCAAUUGAUUUGCAUUGAUAAUUUUACUUUAUACAGUUUACUGGUAUUUGAGUUUUUGGUAAAUGUUAAGAUCUACUAGUAUUACAUAUUAGUUACAUAUUGACAAUACUGCAUGUUAAAACUAUGGUGAAAUUAAAGUUGUUUUCACAGAAUAUGGAAAAUCAACAUAAAAAUGUACAUUUAAAACAAUAUAAACAGGCAUAUUAAACUGUUAAAUUAAGAAUUGUAAAAUGCCUAUAUACUGUAUAAGUGGAUGGAUUGGGAGAGAGAUAGAGGAAUGGGUAAAUAAUCUGUUGAAUCUGGCCUCUUUAGUGCUCUUAAUUACAGCUGUUUGUUGGCUUGAAGAGCUCCAGCAAGUUAAAACUGGUGAUUCCACUUAAGUGUGUAACUAGUUGUGAACAAAAUAUGAACCAAAUAUCCACUAGAUGGCGUAUCAUUUAAUUGAACUGCUGCAAUAAAAAUAGGCUACUGAUCACUGUUCAAUGACAACCUUUGGCCUCAUAAAAAGUACUGUUUAUGUUAUCAUGUUGUUUAUCUGUUUUCAGCCUGUAAAUGAAACUACACAGCAGCAGCAAUCUAUCAAUUUUUAUAUACAAAUGAAAUGUCGAGCAGGGUCAUUUACAUACAGUAUAAUUUUCACAUCAUAGUUAUAUAAUUUGUCAUUAUAUCUCACAUGACAUGAAUUGUGUAUACUAUAGAAUAUUAUGCUAUACAAUUAUAACAUAUUAUAAAAUAUUAUGCCUCACAUGCCUCAUCAAAGCUCACCUUUCUAAGUAUUUAUGACUCUUGAAAGGGCCAGGAUUGUAAAUGCUGAAAUAUCUACAAUACAUUGUUGAGUUUAAUUAAAAUUUUCACUGAA